AUGGGUAGAUUGAUCCUUUUCGAAAAUGCCUUUUCCGGUCAAUUGCCCAGUGAGAUUGGAUUGCUGACCGGCCUGGCGGAUUUUCAACCAGCCAGAAACUCUCUUACAGGUCCCAUCCCUUCGGAGCUUGGGCUAUUGACCAGCAUGGAAAUAUUGUACCUUUUGGAAAAUGCCUUUUCCGGUCAAUUGCCCAGUGAGAUUGGAUUGCUGACCGGCCUGACUAGUUUUUCAGCCUCCAGAAACUCUCUUACAGGUCCCAUCCCCUCCGUGCUUGGGAUAUUGACCAGCAUGGAAAUAUUGCACCUUUUCGAAAAUGCCUUUACCGGUCAAUUGCCCAGUGAGAUUGGAUUGCUGACCGGCUGA